AUGGAAAAUCCAACAACCACCGAAACAUCAUGUGGAAAGAAGAGGACAGGCAAGAAGAGGCAACGGGAGAAGACCGAGGAGAAGAAAGGACCAGACGGGAGUGAAACAGAAGAGCAUUUGAAGAGAAAGAAGAAAUGCGAAGGUAAGAAACAGUACACUGGAGAUUGAGAAGGGGGAUCCAUUCUAUUAGAGAAUAUUUAAAUUCAGAGCGGUUUACUGUAUAUUUAAUGUCUCAAAACGCAGUAGUACUGCUCUUAUGGGUUCUUUAAUCACAGUUACCUAAACUAACUUAACACUGAUGCCUAACUUUAGUAGAUUCCAAAAAUCUACUUCCACCUUUUGGUUUUCAAAAUAUAAGGAUUAUUGUUGGAAGUGAGACGUUCUCAGUAAGAUUUGAGCAUUUGUUCAUACGAGGUAAGAACAUUAAAAAUAUAUGUAUCUUAUGGUUAAAACCUAGUCAAUCAGGACCCGAAGUAAACAUUUCAGUACGUACUGUGUCAAAAUAACAAUAAAAAAAGUUUACAUAAUACAAAACACAUUUUUAACAAAAAAGAACUUAGACGUUAAUCUUUUUUUACAUAUGAUGUUACAUAUGGACUAUUUUUACUCUCCCAGAAGGAGCCACCAUCCAUCCUGUGGUUUCUCCAAUGGAGACCAGCAUUUCUCUGGAGAGAUUUGCCAUCCAUAAAACCCUUGGACAGGGCAGCUUUGGCAAGGUAUGUAAUAUCCACCAAAUGGUGCCAUGUACUGAGAAUUUUCUUAUGGACAGAAAUGAAUAGUGAAAGCCUAAUAUAACACAAGAACCUGUUUAGAAUAAAACGGAACCCAACUGUACAGAUCAUUUUUAAAAGUUGUGUAUUUAAAAGGUUUUCUUAACAGACAUGUAUCAGAGUUAUUCACAAAAGUGAACAUUGUUGAGAAUUCAAACUGAAUUUCAAAUUUAAGGCCAAAGUAGCCAAACUGAAAUUAUAGUUGACCUGGAAAAUCUUUCCAGUUUGACUAAUUUAGCCUUAAGUUUGAAAUUCAUUUUGAAUUCACUUGACAUUUCAGGCUUUUCUUACUUUAGUGACUACUCCUGUUUGUGUAACUGUCAACAAUUAUUUAGAUUAAAAUUAUUUCUCUACUUAAAACGAUAUAAUUGUAGUAUACCCCUGUACAAUACAUUGUGCCGUAUGUAUUUUAAGUCCAGUUCUGAGGGUUCCAGCCAGCACAGCUGCUAAAAUAAUAAACAUUUAUUUUAUAAACCGUGAGUUGUGCGGACCAGAGAAAGUUAGGGACUUAGAAAAAAUCUUUAAAUUCAGCUUUUUGGGCUUUAAGCAAGUCAGUUGCCAGUUCAGUGUAAUUCAGUGUUAAAUCAAGAAUCCUCAAACUUUAAAUUAAAAUAAUUUUCAAAUAUGGAUAUAUUAUGGAUGCAUGGUGUUAUGUUAUGAACAAUGGCAUUUGUUAGUACCUGUUGUAUUAUUUAUAGGAGUGUUAUAUCCAUUUUACAUAAAGUUGUCAAUUUUCAAAUGACUCCAACUGUCAUGUCUGUCUGCACUUCCUGGUCACAUGAUUCCACAAUGCUGUUAAAUAUUCCUAAAUAGAGAAAAAACAAUAUUGAAGUGGUCUAGCAAACCACUUUCAACUGAUAAUGUGGUCUCUAUGCCUUUCCUGGGCAUGAUCGCUUCCACUGUGCUCUCCAAUAGGGGGUAACCCAAAAUAAGCUGUUCCCCCUAUUUUUUAGUCCUUAAUUUUGUUUACGAGUUACUUAUUCCCAAAGAGAUACUCUAUUCUUACAUAGAUUAUUUUGAAACAGAUUCUCUGCCCUUGUUUCCUUGCACAUGUUUUAUAACUACAUUCAAAAGCCAAAUCCCUCAUUUAGAUAUGCCACUGAGUGAUGCAAUACACCUCUUAACGUCUUACAAGUAUUUUUAUCCUGAGAGCAUGCACAGGAGGGCUUUCUGGGGUUUGUAGUCCUGUUGUUGGCAUAUAGUUUUUUUUUGUCAAUCUGUAUUUUUAUGGCGGCAUAAGUCAGAUAAACAAUACAGUACAGUGGCGACAACAACACAAGCAGACAAGCAUGAGAUAAUUAACGGUAUAAUAUCCAAGCAUUACCAAUAUCAUCACAUAUCAAUAUAAAACAUUAGACGUACAAAGCUAUACUUCAGCUUAUCUCUUAUUCUGGUUCUUCUUUUUGUACUUUUGUUAAUGGCUUCUCUGCAUAAAAGAAUGACGUAUGUGCAUGAGUCGUUCAGAGACAUGUCCAGAAAGCUAGAUGACCCACUCAGUAUAAACUAUACGACUACUUAUUACACUUGUAUUCAUAAAUUAAUAACUGUGUAAACAAUGGGAUGUCUAACUGUGUAAUAAAAACAAUAUAUUUACAAAAAAAAUCAGUACAAAGCUAUGCCAUCAUAUAGUCUGUGGUAUGUCUCCCUGUGGUCAAAAAGGACUCAUUUUAUAAGAAAACAUAAGUUAGUCUCAAGUAGCUAACAUACACUGUGUAAAUGAAAAUGAGUACAGCUCCUGCAGAUGUUUGCUUAAAAAUAAGAUAUGAUAUAUAGCUGACAUGCGCUGCAAUCUAAUUUAAAGGGACACUAUAGUCAACAGAACAACUACAGCUUAAUGUAGUUGUUCUGGUGAGUAUAAUAGCUCCCUUCAGGCAUUUUCAUGUAAACACUGCCUUUUCAGAGACACUUCCAAAUGGUGACUCCUUAGAUGGCCACUGGAGGGGCUUCCUGGCUCAGGGCUGCACAGUAAGCAGCACUGCCGUUCAACGCCCCACGCUCUGCAUGGAGACACUGAAUUUUUUCAUAGAGAUGCAUUGAUUCAAUGCAUGUCUAUGAGGAGGUGCUGAUUGGCCAGAACAGUGUUUUGCCCCGCACCCUUGCCAAUUUUUAACCACUCCAAUGGAAAAGCAUUGGAUUGGCUAAACAUCUGCAAUUUUGAUGAAGUCAUCAAGGGGGCAGGGCCAGCGCCUGCGGAUCUGUGGAGAGGUGAAAAUAAGGUGAGUUUUAACCCAUUCUGAGGGGGUUACUGGGGGGGGGGUGAGAGGGGAGGUGGGCAAGCCACCUAAAUGGUGAGUUUUACUAUAGGGUCAGGAAUAAAUGUUUGCGUUCCUGACCCUAUAGUGAUCCUUUAAACGACAGAAAUCCUCCCUGCAUAUGUGAGAAAGUUAUGUGACAAUAUGAACAGAGGUAAAGAAUGCACUCUGAUGCAGGAGUGUUAAAGGAACACUAUAGGGUCAGGAACUCAAACACGUAUUCCUGACCCUAUAGUGUUAAAACCACCAUCUAGCCCCCUUGCCUCCCUAAAAAUAGUAAAAUGUUACAUGUAUUCACAUCUACAGCUGCUGACUCUGUCCCUGAUCUGCCUGCUUGGCUGACAUCAUCAGAAGUGAUUCUCUGAGUCAAUGACCAUGCUUUCCCAUAGGAUUGACUGAGACUGUCAAGAAGGCAUAUCAGGGGCAGAGUCAGCACAAGCCAAACACAGCCCUGGCCAAUCAGCACCUCCUCAUAGAGAUGAAUUUAAUCAAUGUAUCUCUAUGAGGAAAGUUCAGUGUAUGCAUGUAGAGGGCAGAGACACUGAAUGGCAGUGCUGCACACUGUGCAGCACUGCCCCAGGAAGCACUUCUAGUAGCCAACUGAGGAGUGGCAAGUGGAGGUAUCACUAGGUUGUAAUGUGAACAUUGCCUUUUCUCUGAAAAUACAGUGUUUACUGCAGAAAAGCCUGAAGGGACAGAUUAUACUCACCAGAACAAAUACAAUAAACUGUAGUUGUUCUGGUGACUAUAGUGUCUGUUUAAUGUGUAAUCGGGACAUACCGCAGGAAUCAGAUAUAAAACCAAUGGACACUCAGGAUUGCAAAAAACAAACAAAUCAUAUGCGUUGUAGUGAGGCAAAAAGAAACAGGCCUUGCCACUAUCACUAUUAGAUAAGGGCGUAGAGGAGGUCUGCAUAAGACCUAUGCCACUAUCCUACCACCACAUCAGAUAAGACAUUAAAAUGGAAUCAAUAAGGCAGAAAAGGGCAUAUAAGAGCACAGCUGGAGUGUAUUAAAAAGUGCCAAGCUAGGGCUGGGUGCUGCCAUGUAACCAAUAGUAGCAUAGCAGUUAGGCAGUGGGACUGCACAAAUUGGGGAGUUCAGCCAAUUCCUCGACUAGGGUGAUGCUGGAAUGUCACUGGUGUCAGCAGCAGAAUUGUAGUGAGGCAGGUUGUCCCCAAAACCCCAAGCCUGCUUGUAGACCUGCAUCAUUGUACCAUAGACUUGAAACUGCACAAAGUUCAAGUCCUCCCCAGCCUGGGGGUAGCAGAGGGUUGAGGUGAUCUUGAGCCACCGUCACACCGAGAUCGGCGUCUCACGAAGGAAGUGGACCCGUGACCCAUCUGAGGCCUACCUACAGAAACAGCGAGGGAGGCGGCCGAUCCCUCUGUUACCUGCUUCAUAUGACUUCGGAGGUCCUUCCUUCACUCUAUUUCCCCCCCCCGCGCCGUUGAGGGAUAUCCCGGCACCUCUUACUCGUGCUGCACUGGCUGAACACCAGCAAGCCCUCAUCAGCAACAGCUGGUCUACAAGAGGCAAGAUGGCGGAUGCCACAAGCAAACCAGCGUCUCCAGCCACACAUUCCACUCUCAUGGAACAACUGGACAAACUAUUCACGGAUUUCUGGUCUGCACUUACCCUUCGCUGACACUCUCCAGCUGGGGCUCCGCAGACGCUCCCCUUGCAACAAGCCAAGCGGCAUUCAAAAACCCCUGGGCAACACUAUAACGACAAGCCUGGAGCGAGGAGGUGGAAGCGGGCGCCCCGGAGAAACCCUCGGCGCAGAAGACCUGGCCCAGCAAGGAAACCCUGUCUCCCCACCUUGCGGCCGUUAUCUGGAUUGCUCCUGGGGCACAGCUCACUCACCCGGGAAGUCACAGUUCAUCCUGCGCGGAGACAUCUUUUCAGAGGGCCGCAGAACCAAGCUCUGGUCGCAACUCAUGAUGGGACUUGUGUGCACAAUACUCUGGGGUAGCUCUCACCAAGUACAAGGUGUAGGCUGAGCCACAGACCCUCUUGUAGAUGCCCAAAACUUGGGUGCUUUCUGCCUAUUCAUAAGCAUUUAUGUCCGAAAUUCCGUUUCUCUUUGUUUUAACUCUAACCUCCAUUAUUCUUGAAGAGAUAUCAUUGUCCUGUUACUAUUAUUUUAAAUCUGAGCCAGUGAGCACAUAGGUGCACUCUAUGACCAUUUAGCAUGUUUCUUCCUAAUCACCCCACAUGUCAAGUAGAUGUGUCGAGCUAGUUAUGUCAUAUUAGCAAGCCUCUAUUUCCAAACCUACUCUUUCACAUUGUUUACACACUUAAGAAUCACUACAUGUUUAAUGUUUCAAGCUUGACGAUUUCCACGUGACCCAGCAUAUUAGAUAUUCUUAUUUAGCUUGUAUUAUUCAUUUUAUAAAAUUGUGCCUUUCCUCUGAAUGCCAGCAAAAAAAGAAAAAAUUGUACAUAGAUUUUAUGUUUAUUGUUUUUUUUUAAAAAAAGUUUAUUCUCCCAGUCCUGUUUGUUACCUGUGGCCAGUGAGGGGGGAGACUACUUUCCAUGGUGGUCUGUUUGCCCUGUACAAGCAAGCUUCCCUCGUGCUGGCUUUAAUAGUGAAGGGGGACCCAGGACAUGCUUUCUUCUGUUUCUGGAGGGUCCUUUCUUCAACUAUCGCAAGCCUCCAGCUGUCAAAGCGUUGCAACGGGUUACCAUGGAGAGAGAGCUGGAGAAAGGACACCCACACGAUGCUCUACACACACAUACAUAUGUAUAUAAUAGACACAUAUACAGAUACUGUAUAUAUAUAUAUAUCAAUUAAAAAAAAAAAAGUUCAUAGUGUAUUAUCUGUCAGCCUUGGAUUUGCUCAUAAGUCAAAGUAGUCCCUACUUUCGAUUGUGAAAUAAAAUGAAACAAAAAAACAAAAAACAACCAAAUCUAAAAAUAACAACUUUGUAUUAAUUUCCAUUUGUCAAUAUAAGUCAUCUAAGUGUGAGAGUAAAUGAAUACACUGUACUUCCAUGAUGAUUUUUUUCUCCUCUCUCUACAGGUUGUUUUAGCAUCUGACCAGAUAACCAACAAAUGGCUCGCUAUGAAGAUCAUCGAUAAGCAAUGCCUUAUUGAAAGCGCAAGCAGCUGCCUAGUUGAACGCCGGGUGCUGGAAAUUGCUGCCGGGAGCAAAUUCCUCACCCAUGCAUAUGCCACCUUCCAGACUGAGGUGCCAACAUUAUUACCUUAUAUCAACCCCCUUUUUAAACAGGUACUUGAAAGGUAGACUCCAGGCACCAUAACAACAUAAUCAGUAUGGUGUUAUGGUGCAAGGUCAAUGGCUUACUUUUAUGGGUUAAAUCGUUAAUGAACAGUUAACCCCAAAGAGCUGAAUUAAUGACUGUUUAACUCUGACUAUCUCCAGGGGUGUUUUCAGGAGAUUCCCAUUCACAAAUAGCUUGAGAAACAUAUAGAUUUCUCUCAAGCUGCUUUGUGAAUGGGGAACUACUGAUUGGCUUUAACCCCUUAAGGACCAAACUUCUGGAAUAAAAGGGAAUUAUGACAUGUCACACAUGUCAUGUGUCCUUAAGGGGUUAAACCAGCAUACUGAGGCUUCCUGCUUCAAGAUUCAGAAAAAAGCAGAAAGAGAGCUUAACAGUGCUGGAUUCAACUAUUUGGAGUUAAACCAUUCAUUAAGAGUGUAACCACCAAAGGUAAGCCAGUGCCCAUUUCCAUUAAGUUGUUAUGAUGCCCAGAGUGUAGUGGUUAUGGUGUCAAAAUGGCUUUACAUAAUGAAGGAUUUUCCCAGAAUCCAUAGCCCAAACCCUCUUCAGCUGCACAUAUAAUAUGAAAAACCACUUCAGCAUUAACACAUGAGAACCAAACCAGGAUGGCAGUCACUGGCUGAGAGAGCUCAGUAUGAGACGAUUGCUGUGUGAGAUUUCUAUGUCUAUACACAGCUAUAAAAUGGACUCUCUGCAGCUUUAGAUUUUAUGUCUGAUGGGGAUUAAAUCAUUAUUUUCAUUGGACUGUUUAGAGAUUUGGGAGUUCUCAGCAUCUCUUAGUUGAAGAGAAUGUAACUUCAGAAUAAUCACAACGUGGAGUUGACUCCAAAUACAUCUAUUGUUUUUAUAUAUUUUUGGAUUUAUUGUCACCAUACAAUUUCUUACUGGGAUGUUUUCUAGUUUGCAUUUCCACCUACCAUAGAAAGAGUACUUGGGGCCCGUUGACUAUUAAUUGAUAUUUUUUUAAGUUUCCCUGACAUUAUAAAAGGCAUGUCAGAUCACCAUGGGUUUUUGGAACAGAUAUCAACAGAGCUGGAUAAAGACUGCCCAGGACCAUAACCUUUACAAUAAAAUUGUGUUAGCAAAGAUGUGGAAUGCAAUGACUCUAAUACAUUAUUGUUAUUAUUAUUAUUAUUAUUAUUAUUGUAGGCAUUUAUAUAGUGCCAACUUUGCAGUGCUUUACAAUAUAAUAAAAUGAGGAAAUUUAACAAUAAAUGAGACAAUUACAAAAUGUUAGAGGAACAGUAGGUUGAUGAGGGCCUUGCUCAAAUGAGCUUACAGUCUAGAGGACAUUGGGUAUAAAAAAACAAUAGGAAGAGUAUCAAGGGGUAUAGCAACCAGACAACAAGGUGGGAAAGUAGCAGAACUGGAGGAGAGAGUGGAGUCUGGCCCUUUAGGAGAGACAGGUUUGUGAAACAGAAGUUACUCUGGCCUUUAUCAUUAUUUAUAAUUAUAAAUUACAGGUUCUAUAUUGUUCCCUCCAGAACCUGUAA